AUGAUCAAUAUGAGAGAAUCUGAGUUUUUUCAGCUUUCAAGCCCACAAUGCGACCCUAACAAUAUACAAGCAUCUCUUGAUGGCUAUCGAUAUUUUGAACUAGCCAUGGAUGCUAAUGAGCACCAUUUUGAUGAGUUUUCUCCACCUGUCACAACAAAUGAUGCCAUUUCCAAUGAAUUGGCAGAUCAUUUUCCUGAGGAUUCUGUUCAUCCUGUACCUUCAUGGAGAAGAUUUGAGGAGACAAAGAGGAGGCUUCAAGAUUGUGCAAACUCCUUCGGUUUGAUGUUGGAAGUGGAAGAGGUGGAGCUACAAAAUUUGAUGAGUGAAAUAAAUGAAAAGAUAGAAGGAGGUGAAAGAAGAGAAUGGCUGGCCUUUAAUUGUAUGUGGGCUUUCCCUCAUAUGGGAAGGAAGAGAAGUAGAAGGCAUGUAUUGGACUUUGUUAGGACGGCUAAGGAAAUAUUAGCCAAUAUUUCUGUCUAUAGUAAUACUAGUAGUGGUGGUGGUAUAUUGACAUUUGGUGAUGGAGGAGGAUGGGAAUUAUCCAAAGACUGUCCAGGUUUUGGAUUGUUCUUCGACAAUAGUAUGGAGCAUUACCAUGCCUUGUUGGAAUCGAUUGAAUGGAAUUUUCCUAUUUGCUUUCUAGAGGCAAGAAUAGCUGUGGAGUGUCUCUUUGUUGCACCUUACGUCUCUUCUAGGGCUUGGAUACAAAAUUGGGAGGAAAUAGAGCAGGGUUGUGAUUUUAAGACAGGACUUGGGCUCGAAGGGUUGAGACUAGGCAAUGAGAGUUUAAGGGAAGCAAAAGAACUGGUGAGAGAAGGAGAGACCCCAUAUGCUGCGAGGAUUGAAGGAGAAAAUUACAAUGAGAUGGUCUUGGAAUCUAGAGGAACUCCAUUGAUAAAAUUUUCUUCAUGGAAAUGA